UGACCAUCAAAUAUACAAAUGACGUAUGGGGAUCGAAAAUAUAAAUAAAUAAAAGUUAUCAACACGCAAAGUGAAUCACAGUUCCUAAAUUUAGGAAUAUUUUAGCAUUCCGGGAAUUAUUUAACAAAUUCAGUUCGCUAUAAAGUUGUGAGUAGAAUAGUGUAGUUUAGAAUUGCGCUUGUGGACUUUUCAGUUGUUUUCGUGUGCAUAUUCGCCAUAUCGCUAUAGUCACACAAGUUUGCUAUCAAGGGUGUGGGCACAAAUUUACUAAAAUCAAACAAAAUGACCACAGCGAACUUUACAAACAUUGGUGCCGGCACCAUUGGCCCUUCAUCUGCAUCAGCCGCAUGUACCUCACAAAUUGAAUUGACGCUGAGUUGCCAAAAUCUACUCAAUUGUGACGUCAUGUCGAAAUCAGAUCCAUUCUGCAUUGUGCAAAUGAGGGAGCCCUGGCAAAGCAACUACUUUGAGGUUGGUCGCACCGAAAUGAUUGAUGAUAAUCUGAAUCCGGAAUGGGUGAAAAAGUUCAUCGUGAACUACAACUUCGAGACAAUCCAAAAGAUUCGCUUUGAAGUGUGGGAUAAAGAUGUAUCGGGUGGAGACGAUUUCCUUGGCGAAUAUGAAACAACUGCGGCAGAGAUAGUUUCAUUCAACGGGCGUCAAUUUCGUGGUAAACUGAAAAAUAAACGAUCAAGCAACGCUGGUCAUAUUGUUAUUGUGACCGAAGAAGUAUCGAGCUGUAAGGAAAUCGUUCAAAUGGCAUUUCGAUCCAAAAACUUGGCGAGAACAUGUUUCCUUUUCCGAAAUGAUCCGUUUCUAGUGUUCUCACGGUCGAACGAGGACGGCUCGUUUUCAGUGGUGCUGAAAAGUGAAGUCGUUAAAUCAACGCAAAAUGCACAAUGGAAGCCAAUGACAAUCAAAGGAAGAACCCUAUGUAACGGGGACAACGAUCGAACAAUCAAAAUUGAUUGCUACGACAGUCGGAGUGACGGAGAUCAUAAAUUAAUCGGUACUUGUCAGACGUCUCUACGCACACUGAAGAUGGGGGUGGGCGAAGACAACCAAUAUCGUCUCAGAAAAAAUCCAAAAAGUAAGGAGCAUACUGGUCUAUUGGAGCUGAUAAAUAUCACCGUAACUGAGGAGGUUUCAUUUUUGGAUUACAUUCGUGGAGGAACGCAGAUGCAUUUCGCUGUUGCCAUUGACUUUACUGCCUCGAACGGAUCACCUAUGGACCCACAGUCGUUGCAUUUUAUGAGCAGUGAACCAAAUAGCUACGAAUUGGCAUUGCGGAGUGUCGGUGAAAUUGUGCAGAGCUACGACUCGUCGCAGCUGUAUCCAGCUUUCGGUUUCGGCGCCAAACUACCGCCAACGGGAAAUGUGUCUCACCAAUUCCCAUUGAAUAACAAUCCAUCCCAUCCAUUCUGCAUCAAUAUUCAAGAAAUUAUGAACCACUACCGCAAUACAUUGUCAAGAGUGCAACUGUUCGGCCCGACCAAUUUCGCUCCGGUAAUUCUCAAUACUGUUGAAAUAGCACGGCAGUAUCAAGACGGAAAGCAUUACUUUGUUCUGCUGAUCAUAACUGACGGAAUAAUAUCCGACAUGCAUGCAACAAUACGUGCGAUCAUCCACGCAGCAAAACUACCAAUCUCGAUAAUUAUAGUCGGCGUUGGGAAUGCAGAUUUUAGUGCGAUGGAUGAACUGGAUGGUGACGACACUCGAUUGAAUCUGGACGGUGUAUAUGCCGAACGAGAUAUUGUACAAUUUGUACCGUUGAACCGGUUUUUGGCACAGCGCGGAUCAUUUGUACGCUCUCAGGCCGAUUUGGCAAAAGCGGUGCUGGCUGAAAUUCCAGAUCAAAUGACGGGUUUCAUGAAUUCUAAAGGGUAUAAGCCGCAGCCAGUUCCGAUCACAGAAGGUGUACCUUCUGCACCAAUGGGUUAAUUGAGAUUUUUUUUGUAUUCAAACUUUAUGUCGGGAUUCUGAUGUCGGGAUGAUUGUACUUUAUAGCUAAUACAAUGUAUUAAGCUAUGCGUCGAUAUGACUGUGUUUAAGUGUCUACUGUGUCUAGUCAUAUAAGGAGUGUAUAAAACGAAAACGUAAAUUUUUUGAAUGUUUUUAUAAAUGUUAAAUGUUGUGAUGAAAAGUACAAAUGUAGCGAAUCAUGCACAAGUGCAGUAAGUGCAAAAAUGUCCACGUACAAAACUUUACCUCAACCAUUAUUUUUACCUUCUUACUUUGCAAGUGAGUUCAUUGAAUUGUGUUGAAGAUAUUGUUAAGUUCUGAUUGAAGUAGACUAGUUCUUGUGAUAAAUUUCGAACUUUCAAUGCUCACAAUGGACACUGAAUCAAAUUAUAGUUUUACAAGUUUUACUAUUCCUAGUUCUAUGACAGCGAUAUCUGUCUUUAUAGCUUUCUUAGCUUUUUAUGAGAAAAUAAAUACAUUUUUGGUGGA